GUUGCCGUUGUUGUUGUUAUUAUUAUUGUAGUUGUUGUUGUUGGCUAUUUGGCUGCUUGGCUCUUGGCGCUUUGAGCUGUUUGGCCGUUUGGCUGCGUCUGGCGCGCAGCAAGAAAUUCAGUUGCGCCGCUGAGCUCAAAGAGAAAACACCAUACGAAUUACGCGCCAAGCGCCCAGCAGCUGUGAAAGUGUUGGAAGCGCUGGUCAAGUGGCCAUAGCCUCGACCAAUCGGCCAAAAUCGAAAGGAAAUUUUACAGCAAAAGAAAAGAGAAAAAAAAGAAGCUUUAUAUGCACUUUUACUUGUUGUCAGUUUUUACAUCAUCAUCACAACUGAUUGAUUGUCAUUAUCAAUAUCACCAUCAUCAUCUUUAUCAUCAUUAUCAUCAUCAUGUAUAAGCACACGGUCAAAUCGAAGCUCUCACAGGCGCGCAGCACGCCGCCUCUUACAAGCAGCACGGGCACGCCCCAAAAGCAGCCACACGCCCUUGGCGCCGGCAAGAAGUUCUUCUCCCACAUACGUCACAAGAUCGAGGAUAAUCUCACACCCAAACUGAGUGGCAAGCUAUACUACAAAGGCAGCAAGCACACUCGCUCCAUGAGCGCUCUCAGUCUGGUCGACACUGGCGGCUGUGUGGGCGGCAAGUACACGCCCACUGGGACAGUUGCAGGGGCAACAGCUGUGGCAACGUCGGCAGCAGCGGAGACGCCUCUCUUUGCCAGCAGCAAUCCGUUAAUGAUGAGCAGCAGUGCUUGCAGCUACGUGGACAGCGAUGAUGAGAGUCAGCUGAGCUUGAGUCUGAGUCUCACACAGCAAUCGCUGGAGGAUGAGAUCUUUGCGGAACUGGAGAAGGUUGCACACGAUGAGAGUAAACUGAACGAGGUGUUGCAAAGUUUCGAUCAAAUAUUGCAGGAGUAUCCCACAGUGGAGGAGCCAGUUCCCCUAGUGCAAGUGGUGUCCAUGAUUGAGCCGUUGGAGUCAGUGGAGCAGUCGCUACCGCCACCACCAGCACAGUUCUGCGAUCGCCAGCUGCUGUCCAAAUCGCACAGCACCUUGAGCAUGGCCACAUCCAGGCGACAGAUCUACCAGACACCCGAAUUGGCCAACUCGAUGCUGUUGCGUCGCAGCAAUUCCAGCUCCAAUCAACGCUACAAUUCGCUCUGUGAGCUGAGUCAACUCAGUGGCAGUGGCAGUCGCAUUCCCAUUCCCAUUUCCAAGCACUCCAGUCUGCGUUGUCUGGAGAAGCACAACGUGGGCAAACAGCAGCAACAACAACAACAGCAACAAGCACAACGUCAACACAAACAACAACGCACUCGUUCCAUGUUAACGUUGAGCAGUCGUAGUCACAGCAAGAGUCACAGUAACAGUCACAGUGUGAUGACGGUGACAACAGUUGCUGCCACUUUGCCGCCCAAGCGGGCCAACUCGACGCUGGAGCGACGUCAGUUGGUAGUGGCCAAGCCGCCGAGACGUGCCAAUUCCACAUUGAAGUCAAAUGUGCACAGUGAUGAGCUGCUGGUCAAGUGUCUGGCCAAGGGUCAUGAGCUACUACGCAAGGUGGAGACUCUAAAUGGAGGCAAGCCGCGAGCCAGUCGAGGUGUUACCAAGGAACACACACAACAGUUGCGGCACAAGAAGAAGCAGCAACUGCAAAAGCUGCAAUAUGCCAAUGAGGAGAAAGUGCGCAAACCCAAGCUGGAAUCGUGUAAGAUUAUACCGCCUAAACUGGGCGAAACCUCUGACAAGAAUCACGAGCUAUUGGUUAAAGUGGUGCAACAACAGCAACAGCAGCCGCCCAAGAAGUUGAUCAAAUCUGUGGAGCAAAGCGCCAAUUCGGACUCGGAUGAUUCGGGACACAUAAGCAACACGGUUCUAUCAUCAGCAUCCAAUUCGACGAGCAAUUCGACAGGCAGCCUCUGUGAAUCCGAGGGGGAAACGGAUCAGCCAAAGAUCAGCUGCUGCAAGCCCAAUAAAAUAGCACAAUUGUUGCAGAAAUUCGAGGCCAAAUCGAAAUGCCAAACCACAAGCUCACAAAUGCCAAUGGUGGUCACCAAAGUCGCUCAAGUGCAGGCGGUGCGCUGCAUACAAACGCAGGUGGAGAUCUAUCCCACCUAUACGAAAGAGGUAACUAUGCGGCUGCAUUAGUCCGAAUCCCCGGCGAUUUUCCCCAAAUAGAAAAGGGCCUUUCCAAUAAAUAUCUUAACUUAUAUUCUGUAUGCUAUGGCUAUUGUGUAUUAUUUAGUUACAACUAUUUCUUAACUAUUAACUCGAAUAAAAAUACUACUUAAAAAAACAACUACUCUUUGCUGCCGCUCUCUGUUCUAUAUUCAACUUUAACACUUGGUUUUGGAGUAGUUUACUGUUUGCCCUGCCCUGCCCUGCCCCGCCCAACCCUGCCCUCAUCCGCCCCAAAAAAAAAAGUAAAAAAAAGUUGGCUCAGUCG